AUGAACAAACUUCUCAAGAAGCCAAUGUUGGAUGGGCAAACCUAUGUGAUUGAAGAUGGUUCAAACUUGGUGGACGAAGUGAGUGAGAAGAUGCCUCUUGACGAUCCUCUGGAGGUAGCUUUGACUAAAGCUAAAGGAGAGUUUGAUUUCCCGAAUGAGGAGGCCGAUGGCUUCGGAAAUAUAAUGGAUGCAAGCAGCAAAAUGGAGAGACUGGUAGCAUUCAUGAGCAUGGAGAAUGAGGAGGAUUCACAGAAACCCCAUGCUGCACCACCUCGGGAGAGUCCUGUCAAUAACCCUUGGAGCGAGUCGAGUGCACCUAAGCUCGAGCUGAAAACACUCCCUGAGGGGCUUAGGUCUUUUGGAGCAUUUUGGAGCAUAUGGGACGUGAGGAGCAAGGAAGGACUUGGUGCAUGGACGCAGCUCAACUGGAUACGCAAAGGCUAA